AUGAAAAAGAAGUCGAAGUUGCGCAAAGGUGGUGAUGUUGUGCAGAUGGAAGGCGUAGAAGAUGAAGAUAGAACGGCAGAUCCUGUUCCAGAAGAAGAAAGUGAUGAAGAGGAACCUAUGGAAGGCACGGAUGAAGAUGAGAAGCAAGAGUUGAUGGAAGAGGACCUACAACGUGCUGAUAAGUUAGAUUUUGAUUUUGAGGCAUUGCCGCCACAUGAGAACGAUAAAGAGGGAAUUAUCAACUUGCUUACUCAGGUUUACCGUCUUUGGGAUGCGUUUAUCUGUUGCCGUUUUUUACAGUCAGCUGAAGAUAACGUGGAUGAAGGAAGUGAGGAUGUGGUUUAUGGCAUACUUUCUCUCCUCCCUUUGGGCUGCACAGAAGAAUACGAGAAGGGGAUUUGGUCUUUUCUGUUGAAUAAAGCGAAAAAGUAUGCAGUUGGGAAAAAGGUUUUUUCGAAAUUAGAGUCAUUAUCAAGUUGUAAAAAUACUCGAACCGUAAUGCUUAUCAACGAGAGGAUGCUACAUUUCCCAGAGGCUAUUGCGAAACCUUCAUUUAAGGCAUUGCUCUCAGAUUUGGCUAAAGAUGAAGAUGCGAACGAUUUCACUCAUGUUAUCUCAGUUAUGAAAAUAAGAGUUGCUGACGUUAACAUACAGGAGAAAGUGCAAAAGAAGAAAGAUAUUACGAAAAAAAAGGUUGGGAAGGCAGAGAAAAAACGAAUAUGGACUGCUGCACUUCUGAAAUCCAAAACAAUGUUUGAUAACCCUGAAGAAGAGCUUCUUUUCCAGGAAACUGCAAGUGAGGAAGAAGAGGAGGAUUUGCAAUAUUUUCAGUAUCCUGUGGAAAGUGAUGUUGAAAAAGGGUCAAAGUUCAGCGCUUUCACAUUGUACGGCACAAACUUUAGGCCGUAUAGGCGUGUCUGCGUUAUGAGUCGUGGUGUUUUCGAUCGUUUUGCGAAAGCCGUUAGUAGUCGACCUGUCAUUUGA